AGGGCAAAAAUCGUCCUCUACACGAUGGUAAAAACCGUAGAUCGCUAGGACUUUUCCAUAAAAAGUUAUUCGAAAAACGCCACUCUGCACUGUAUUUAUGGAUCGAUAGUAGUACCGUUUAGUAAGAUAUAUUUUUACGAACUGUAAAACAGAACGUACGCUAAUACAUCUUUGGUUUUUUAACAUAGCACAAAAAUGCACACUUUGAUCAACCAGAAUUAUAAGAUCUACUUUUAUUGUGAAAGCUUUUUUUAAAUUAACGAACUCGAUCAUCAAUCUUUUCAGACUUUUAAAGUUGAAAUGUCUGCCGAAAAAUAUCAGAAUGUAAAUUAGAUUCUUUUGAGAACCAAUCCUAUUUCUGACUGUCAUAGAGCGGGAGAAAAAUAUACCAGUCUAACAGAUUCGCCUAUAACUUUUGAAUCGCUUUACAAUCCGAGUUGAAAUUUUGACUGUCUUGGUUAUAUCCCGGUCUAUGCAUGGUUCAAAUUUCGAUUCGAUGAAGCAGAUAGUGUCUAAAAUAAUUUCUGAGGUGUAGAUUACAUGAUUUCGCGUUGAAAAAUUAGUUCUAUGAUAGAUCAGAAUAUACGUCGAUUUAGUUUCUGUAUUGAUGAGAAACUUGUUAAUUUGUAGCGUAGACAGAGGUGCAGAAUCUACCCGUGUCGUGUAUGGACAAAGUUCUGAAAGCUGUGGAAAUUUUUAAAAAUUGUUCCAACGGAAAAAAAUGUGCAUUUUUUUCACAUAGGAGGAUUUAAGAAUUUUCUGAAUAAUAAGAAAUAAACCGAUAAAAACCUUUUCUAAACUUCCAAUGUGAAAAUUUUCCAAAACUUUUAUUGUUCAUGGAAAAUUUAAACUCACGGGCAGAUUCUGCAUUUCUGAGCGUAGAAAAAAAUUAGUAAUAUUGCAAUAUAAGCUAAAACUAGUAAGAAUUUGAUACUUAUCUCUAUAUGCAAUAUCUGUGGUUAAUUAUAUUAGUACAUUAUGCUAUGAAACACUUGCGUUCUAAACCAUCAUUCAGAUUUGGCUGGUGUUGAAUUAGUAAGUGGUUUCUUUUGUAUACAAACUAGUUGAGAAUUAUGGAUUUAUUUUACUUUUAGUGCAUCGAGAGAUUUCUCCCAAGUAUCGCACAAUCACACGUGUUCAACAACAACGUUAUCCCAUUCUUCGUUAUCAACAACCCUAUAUACAUAGACAACUACAAGCAAAACACCGGCAGAUGUAUGCGAUGUCGUCACGCAGAACUGUUAACAUACCAGUUCGUCAAAAUAUUCCAUUAAAACGAACAGUAGGCAGAAAACAAUUGCAAAAAAGAAUUCAUCUGGUAUCAAAGAUACCGGCAAGAAAAACCAUAAUAAAAACAACAGUUGGAACAAAAGAGGAAACAAGAUUACAGUUAGAGGAAUUGAUUCAGCGCGCAGCUACAAAUUUAUCGAGUGUGAAUACCAGAGUAGGCCCAACAGUUGGAAUUUUUCACGUUAGUUGUUUAUCAUCUGGUGGCUUAGGCUUUAAAUUAUCAAUAGUUGUAUUGGGAAUACUGGGAACACUGAUAGGCAUGGGAAUCAAAUCGUUACUUCCAGACAAAAAGCCUGGACUAUCAACAAAAAAGCCUAUUGUCUCAUCCACUUUAUAUGAUAGACAAAUAAUAGCUACAUAUCCAGUUUAA